GCCUCGUGCUGCUUAUCCCGGAAGCAGUCGCGUUUGUUUGUGGAGAAAAUGGCGCAGGGAGCUGUGGAGCCUUCCGCUAGACGUUCUCUAGGAGUCUCAGGCUGGGUCCGAGGCUUCUACAGCUUCAUCACUGACAGGAAUGAUUUCCGCAGGAACUUAAUCGUCAACACGGGCCUUUUUGCUGCCGGUGUCUGGAUGGCAAGAAAUUUAAGCGAUAUUGAUUUGAUGGCCCCGCCACCUGGGCUGUAGUUCAGACAAUUAGGCUCAAUUGCUGCUUGAGUUGAAGUUUCUUCAAUGAAAUGGAUCCCUCUGUGCCAUGAACGCAAUAUGAAAUCUGUAAAUUAUGCAAAUCAACACUGACAAGGAAUUGGCUGCUUAACAGUGGGAGUGAAGAUGGACUUGUGAAGAUUUCAUGUCCUUUUUUGUUUUUUGUUAACAGUUCCCACAAAACAUUUGUCAAAUUAAAUAAAUAUACAUAGACUAA